UGGGUUUGAGAUUUCUGGUGAUAGAUUUGUGUUUCCUAGCUUGUCAUCAAUCGUGUAUCUAUAUAUACAUAUAUGGCUUUAGUUACCCAGAUCGAGAAUAGUAGCGACAACAUUAGUUUCCCAGAAUUGUGUGGGUUUUUGUUGGGGGUUUUGGGGGUUUGAAUAUGACCAUGUUUGAUAACAAUUUUCCUGCUUAUUAUUAUUACUAUUAUUCUGAUCAAAACCUGUGUGGACAGCAUUUUGAUGGUCUUGGUCACGGGUAUAGAGGUCUUAUGAGCCAAUUAGAACAGCAAGGGUUUCCUCAAUCUUACCACUGUUACUAUAAUAAGAGCGCAGGUUGUUUGGUCGGGGCUCAGAAUCUUGAAGAGGAUACGGUAAUGGCGGAAGAUGAAUCUAGGACGGAGAGUGUUAACGAGGAAGCUGGGCCCAGUUAUUCUAAGGAUGUCGUAGUGCCCGCUACGGCGGUUACGAGGGAGGAGGAGGAGGUGGAGGAUGAUCAUAAGGGAUGGCUUCAAUUGAGUAUCGGCGGCGGCGGCGGCGGUGGCGCCGCCGCGAGCGGCCACCAUAAAAACGGGCGGGGUGGUCUAGGAUUAGUGGAGCUCGAUCUGCUGCCGCCUGGGCCGAGUAGUGGGCCGCCGCCGCUGCCGCUGCCGUUGCCGCCGCAGUAUCCGUUAAGUGCGGCGGCGGCGUCGGGGGUGGAGUUUCGGCAGCCGCUGCCGCCGCAUUUCCAGCUAACCAAUAGUGUAGCGACGCCGGCCGCCGUGGGGUAUAUUAGUGCGCCCCCGUCUUACUUCUUGCAACAACAACAACAGCAACAGCCGGGCGCCGCGGACAUAAACUGGGCAAUCCGACCCGUCAUGGCCAUCCCGCCGCCGCCGCCGGGCGUUUCCGCCCCGAGUUCCUCGUCUCCCCCGUUUAUGUACGCGCCGCCGCUCUCAGGCUCCCGCUUCGCGCCUCGCCCCGGUGCAUUCCCAUUACUCUACGCCGGAGUCGGCGGCGUAGCCCACGCCGCCGGAGGGUCGUCAUCUCCGAGCUUGGACUUUAGAGUGAUUGAUCCUCCUCGACGUCCACUUUCCGGUAUAUGGUUUUCGCUUCAAGCUUCUCAAAAUCAAGCCAAGGAGCCAUUUUUGCCGCAGAUAUCCAAGAGCUACCUAAGAAUCAAAGAUGGAAGCAUGACAAUCCGAUUGGUGAUGAAGUAUCUAGUCAACAAGCUACAACUCGACAACGAGUCCGAGGUAUGUAACAUAAAGAUAAGAUGUAGAGGGCAAGAGCUAGCGCCAUCGUUGACACUGCAACACGUAAGAGAUGAAAUAUGGAUGAACAACAGCAACAACAAUAAUGAACAUCCUCCUCCAUUCACUUUGCUUCCACAACCCUCAACCUCUGCUACUACUACUAAUCAUCAUGUCAUGCUGCUUCUCUAUGCCAGAAAGUCAUCAUCAUCUUCAACUGCUUAAUUAUAAUUUUUUUUCUUUUUUACUUUAUUAUUAACUCCCAUUAUUAUUUUUUUUUAUUUUUAUUUCACUUUACUUCUUACUAUUUAUCUCAUCAUCAUUCUUGAUCUGAUCUUACCCCCCUGCCUCCUUCUGUUGAUGCUGCUGCAUGUUGUAUCAUUGCUAGUAAUUGAUACCCACCCAGUUUUUUUUUUUUUUUUUUUUUUUCUCUCACUUAUUUAUUUUUAUUUUUAAUUUUUAAUUUUUAAUUUUCCCCAUUUUUCUUCUCUUUUUUGGAGAAGGGAAAGAAUACUUGAUGAGCAUAUACCUCAAAAUCGAUAUGUACAAUGUUUUGGGGUUGACCAACCGAUUAACAUGAUGAAUUUGUAUUUUUUUUUUCCUCUCUGAUUUUUACUAUAACAUAGUUGGUUUGGCUA